GUCGGCCCACGCUGGUCUACUUAUGCCGCUGAGAAAACCCUAGCUUCUUACAAUUACCGAUCACCUUCCCUUUCCUCGUCUGUGCGGAAACCUUCUUCAUCCUUCACCUGAGGAAGAAACGUCAAAGCGGUAGUUCCUUCGCCUCUUCUUUUGGGCCUUCGCCGCUUAAUAAAAUUUUCCAUCCGUUACCUACUAUUUCACUACUUCUGUGGCCUUCGCCUCUUCCGUGCUCUUCUACUUGCACAAGCCCUAGCGCGCUCCUCUCAGCCGCCUACUCCGAUUUGGCUUACCUCGCCCUAGCUUCCUCCGACGGCGCCGCCUACUCCGAUUUUGCUUCACUCGCCCUAGCUUCCUCCGACGAGGGCGGCCUCUCGCAUUCCACUCUCCCUCACUUGAAAGCAGAUUUUCAUUAAGGCUUAGCUCGCAUAAUUGAAUUGUUCUUAUACCAUAAGCUAUUAGAGGGAGCACUUCAUUGGACAAGGUGAAAUAAAAAAAAGUAUGGCAGAUUGGGAUGAAGAAGAGUUUGAACCCAAAGUGCUUGGGAUUAAGAAGGAGCAAACUAAAGGCUUGUGGGAUGAUGAGGAUGUAGAUGAAGAAGAUGUGAAAGAAUCAUGGGAAGAUGAAGAAGAUGAUACCGCAAAGGCACCGAAGAAAGAAUCAGUUGCAGAAAAAAAAAUUGUAUCAAAAACCACCAAGGAUGCUGGCAAGAAAGUAAAGCCGUCUGAGACCAAGACAAUUAAAGAAGCUGAUGUUCUUGCAGAUCCUGUGGCGGAGAAACUUCGACAACAAAGACUUGUAGAGGAGGCUGAUUACAAGUCAACAACAGAGUUGUUUGCAAGAAAGGGCGAUGAAAAAUCUCUUGACAAUUUUAUCCCAAAGUCAGAGAAUGAUUUUAUGGAGUAUGCGGAGCUGCUUUCUCAAAAAAUUCGUUCUUAUGAGAAAAGUUUUCAUUAUAUUGGGCUAUUGAAAGCAGUCAUGAGGCAUUCCAUGACCUCACUGAAGACAGCAGAUGCUAAGGAGAUAGCGUCCUCUGUAACAGCCAUUGCAAAUGAGAAACUUAAGGCCGAGAAAGAAGCCAAUGUUGGAAAGAAGAAACAAGGUGCAAAGAAGAAACAGCUGCAUGUGGAUAAGCCAGAUGAUGAUAUGGUUUCUGCAACUUAUGAUGAUGCAGCUGAUGAUUAUGAUUUCAUGUAAAAUUCAGAAUUGGAAAAUGAACUUUUGUUGUGGUAUUUCUUCGCAAACUCUUGAGAAAUUAGAGUGCUGCGGCAGUUGUUUAGGUGAGAGAGUUACUGUGUCAUUAGAUCACAGUUGUUUUUUCUUUUGAUCUCUCCAGUCAAUUUAGAUUAAAUUCAUCAUUUUCACAAUAAGAGUUAUAUAGCAAGUGCAUUGAGAUUGGCUACUGUUUUGAAGCCUUUCUGUGUGAGUCAGAUGUUAAAAGUUUAUUCAUCUGUGAUUAGUUCGGUGUGUUAUUGAUAUAUUUUAUGGAACAUUUUAAUUGUUUUUCCAUUUGGACAAGCUGAAACCUAGUAAUUACAGAAAUAACUUGGUGCCAUUUUCAGUGCUU